GUGGUUUGAGUACCAUGUUGGUCAGACACUGUUCCAUGUGGUGCAGGUGGUGCUGGGCUACAUGGUGAUGCUGGCGGUGAUGUCCUACAAUGGUUGGAUCUUCCUUGGGGCCAUCGUGGGCUCCACUCUGGGCUAUUUUGUGGUGUACCCCCUGCUGGGUCGGGGCUAG